UGUCAUGUGGAGUGCCCCGCAAUUAGCUAUAUUUCCAGCCAACCCCUAGAAACUGACUCCAAAAUGCUUUUGUUUCCCAGUUUUCUCCAGGAGAGGACUGUGUGAUGGCUGCGGUCCAGUGAACUGGGAGCACGUUGACUGGUGCGUCUGUUUCACCCACCAGUUUGGGAGCUUGGUCUUGGAUGUUUUUACUGGAAUUAUCCGAACCUAUGGAGUGUAUAUGAAUAUUAAUCGGACGGGGAUUCCAAACGGGGGGGGAUGUGGGGAGCAGUUAGGAGGUGUGGGGUCCAGCCCUGAGGAGGCGUCCUGUGACUGAGAGGAGCACGGCCCUCCCGUGGCCCUCCUGUGGCACUCCGGGGCACUCCUACUAAGAUGUCCCUCAGCAGUGGCCCUGCAGGCGGGAAAGGUGUGGACUCCAACGCGGUAGACACAUACGACAGUGGUGAUGAGUGGGAUAUCGGUGUAGGCAAUCUGAUAAUUGAUCUGGACGCCGAUUUAGAGAAGGACAAGCUAGAGAUGUCGAGCAGUAAGGAGGGAGGGGACAUGGCCGCCCCUCCCAGCGCUGUGGCUGCUUUACCUGACAAUAUGAACUUUGUUAGUCCUGUAGCUGCCAUGCAGGGCAAAGAGAGCAAAUCCAAAUCAAAGCGUAGUAAAAACGCUAAGGAAUCUAUCAAGGCCCAAGUCUCAGAUGGAGCUAAGAAGGAGGUUCAGGGAAGGACCCCCGUGGAACUGCCACCCCAGAACCCAAACUCUUCCCCAGCUAAGGGAACUGACAAGUCUUGUAAACCCUCCCGUACCCCCCCUGCUGUAAAAAAAGACAAGGAUGGACAGUCUGGGAAAGCAAAGAAGGAGAAAAUUGAGAUUUCGGCCACAGGAGUGGUCAACACUGAGAAAGAUUCUGGGGCCCUUAUCCUGACCGGGACCGCUUGCAGCAGCCCAUUUGAGGGCCAACAAACUCCAGAGUUAGCGUCAAUCGAGCAGCUUGGGAAUAUGGUACUAGACAUGGCAGGGCUAGGCCAGGCUGUUGCAAUGACAGCAGAACAGGAGGAAGUGGAAAACAGUGACUGCCGAAAUCUGAAGAAAGUUGUCAGUGGUGAGAAGGCAGAGUCUCCGGUCUCGACCCCCGCUCCUCCUUCUCUCCACCUCCUCGGCCCCAUCUCCAACAGCAGCAAUAUCUCUUCUCCCUGUGAGCAAAUCAUGGUGCGCACACGCUCCGUUGCGGUGAACACAGCCGACGCUGCAUUGGCAACCGAGCCAGAGUGUCUGGGACCCUGUGAGCCAGGCACCAGUGUCAACCUGGAGGGCAUCGUGUGGCAGGAGACUGAGGAUGGAAUGCUUAUUGUCAAUGUCACCUGGAGGAACAAGACAUAUGUGGGAACACUGCUGGACUGCACAAGACAUGACUGGGCCCCACCGAGGUUCUGUGAUUCUCCAACCAGUGACGUGGAGAUGCGAAGUGGUCGUGGUCGGGGAAAGAGGAUGCGUCCCAGCAGCAACAUGACGUUGAAUGACAACAGCAACUCUUCGGACAACAAAGGCAGCAGCAGCAGCUGCAGCAAAACACGUGGUUCUGCUACAAACAACAAAGGGCGACGAGGCAGCCAGACAACCGGCUGUGUUGAAGAUGCCAAGGCUAGCCCAUCAUCUGCCAAGAGGAAGACGAAACCUUCCUCUGAUAUGGAACCUACCUCCAGCUCUGAAGAUACCAAAGCUUCAAAGCGCAUGAGAACUAACUCAACUGGCACUGGGCCCCUUCUCACAGGAGGUAAAACAGACCCCCUGCCCCCUCCACAGCUGGACCAGACGUGCCCCUCCCCUGUACUCAUUGACUGUCCCCAUCCCAAUUGUAACAAGAAGUACAAGCAUAUUAAUGGGUUAAAGUACCAUCAGGCUCGCGCCCAUAACGACCACGACAUCCGAUUAGACCAGGAUGGAGACAGUGAAUAUGGAGAUGACACUGCCGUCCAUCCUGAUCCAUCCUCCUGCAACGGUGCUGCUUUCUCCCCUGCCCGCUCCACUACACCAAAGGUACGGGGCUUUGAUGCUCCUUCCCCCUCAUCAGGCAAGCUAGGGUCAAAGGUAAGGAAGAAGGCAGGGGACACUGAACCUGAGGUAACAGAUGGUGGAGAGGAGGGGACAUGUUUGACUGAUGAAGCCAGCAAUGAUGGGUUGGACAACAGAAAAGGAAAAAAGUUUGUGGCAGGAGGAAAAUCCGAUAAGCUGAUGCAGAAAGCCUUAAAGCCAGCUCGCCCUGUAGCCCACAGUGCCCCUGGGGUCCCGUCACCGUAUUCCCUGCAGGCAUCCUCCCCUGUUUUGGGUUCAGUGGUGCAGUCCAUACCCAAGAACCCCCAGCUGAAGAACAUCCAACCUAAACCCCCUCCACUCACUGACCUCACUUCCAGCCCUACCCUUGCAAAGGACAAGAAAAAAAAAGACAAGAAGAAGAGGGAGGGGGGGGAGGAGGGUGAAAGUAUGAAGGCAGUAGGUAAGGCAGGAAGGUCAGAGGGGGGGAAAAGCCCCUACUCUGAGGCAUCGGAGGCUUUUCUUAAUGGCUCCACAGAAGCUCACCAGAGCCGACUGGCCAGCAUUAAAGCUGAGGCUGACAAGGUGUACAGCUUCUCUGACAAUGCUCCUAGCCCGUCCAUUGGUGUGGCUAGCAGGAUGGAAGCUGGUCUUGCACCCCCCCUCCACCUCAACCAGAAUGGGGCUGACAACACAUCAGUAAAGACCAGCAGCCCGGCAUACUCUGACAUCUCUGAUGUGGGGGAGGACGGAGAGGGCAAGGCAGAGGGUGUGAAGGUCAAGUCAGAGCCUGAUCAGGGACCUCGUGAAGGUGCCAAGAAGUCACUUUUUCCCCCUCAGGCUCCCAGUAAGGAACCCCAAUACUACCCUAACUACGACUCCUACUACUCCCCUAGCUAUCCCAACCCCAGCCCAGGAGCACCUGCAGCCCUAUCUCAUGUGGAAGGAGUGCAGGUGAAGAAGGAAGAGGACCUAGAGGUGGGAGAGGAGAGCAAAUUGAAGGUGGAGCCUCAGGAGGAGAGGAAGGUGGAGUCAGGGCCUCAGCAGCCGUCAGUCAUUCAGCAGCGGUCCAACAUGUAUUCCCAGCCUUUGUACUACAAUCAGUACUAUGUUCCUCCUUACUCCUACUCCCCUGAUCAGGCCUACCAUGCCCACCUUUUGGCCUCUAACCCCGCCUACCGCCAGCAGUAUGAAGAGAGGCACCGGCAGGCCGACAAGAAGGUGGAGGGCAAAGAGCGCGAGGCUUGUGGGAAAGACGAGUGGAAGCAGAAAGCCACAGUAACCCCCACUCUGUCCAGACCCCCCAGCCUCACUGACCUGGGUUCUAAGGGAGCACUAAACCCAACCAAGCCUAAAGAGCCCACAUUUGUUUCAGAACAGGCCAAGUCAGUCAUCAUGGCAAAGGGAGAAGAUCCCAAGGCCCUCACUGCCCAAGCUGAGGGUCUGAAGAUAAAGCUGAGUGAAGCGGGUCAUCAUGGGAAAGAAGAGUCAGGGGUGGAACCAGGCAGACCGGCUGGUGUAGAGCCUUCCAUGUGGUACAGACAGCAGGCGUCGGACUCACGCUUGUGGCCCUACGUCUACCCCAGUAAAUACUCAGAAGCUCCUAAACUACAGGAAGAGGACAGGUGGAAAGACGAGAGAGAGCGAGAACGAGACAGGAAAGGGAAAGAAGAGAGGCUGCGACCAAAGGAGGGCCUCCAGAAAGAGGAGGUGAAGGAGGGUUCAGAGGGCAGGACGCAGUUGGAGGAGCACCGACUGGGAGGGAAGGAGCAACGACCUCCCCACAUACAGUUCCCGUCGUCUCUGGCCCAGCACCAGGGAUACAUGCAAUAUAUGCAUGGACCUUACGCCUACAGCCAGGGCUACGAGGCCAGCCACCCUGGGUACAGAGGCAUGCCCUCGGUUAUGAUGCAAAACUACCCAGGCUCAUACCUACCGGCGGGUUACUCCUUCCCCUCAUAUGGAGGGAAGGUGGCAGCGGGGGAGGAUGGGGAGAAACCCUCUAGGUCCAGUCCAACAGUGAAGCCGCCCAGUGAGGCCAAAGCUCUGGACUUGCUACAGCAGCACGCCAGCCAGUACAAAAGCAAAUCCCCAUCCAUCCAAGACAACAAGACCCCACAUGAACGAGAGAGGGAGAGAGAGCGAGACAGGGAGAGAGAAGGCGACCGGCCAAGAUCCUCACCCUCCCAGCGGAUCCUGCCUUCCCAUCAUCACUUGGGAUACCCUUUGCUGUCAGGACAGUAUGAUCUGUCCUACACCUCAGGCCUCUCCUCUUCAGCCAUUGUGGCCAGUCAGCAAGCAUCUGCCCCAUCUAUGUACCCUCCUGCACGAAGGUGAGAAUGGCACACCUGAUUGGCUGACCUCCACCCCACUCAAAGUCAUGUGACUGGGUCACAUGAAGGAGCAUUUCUGUUGUAACAUCAGUUCAAUGGUGUUUUGUGUAUGUUUGAUAUCUCUGCCUGGACGUCCUGUCGGCCACCCCUCGCUGGACUGGACCUGACCAAAGGAACUGAAGCCCUCAUUCUGCUGGUCCUGCUGAUUCUAGACGGUACCGUUGGUGCUCAAGCAAGCAUGCAGCAGAGAUUUUGGCUCAAAGACUGAGGACAAAGUGGACCUGAAACGCCUUCUGACCCUGAGACUUAAUCUGCAGUGGCCUCUGACCUCUCUGAGAACCAGUGGUUGGACAUCAUCACACGUUCAUCUGGAUGUAUCUCAGCUUCAUGGAAAAUAAAAAGAAUACUGUGGACAGACCAAUCAACAGGAAGCGUUCGGGGUGAUGCUGCAUCAUCAGGCUGACUGACUCGCAGGCAGGGAGUCAGGUGGCAUCAGGGUUCUCCACCUCAAUUUGUAGCUGUCAUGUACCCUGUGUGUGUGUGUCUGUGUGUGUGUGUGUGUGUGUGUGUGUGUGAGAGAGAGAGAGUGAGAGAGAGAAAGAAAAAAGAAAGAAAGAAAGUGUAUAUACUGUACAGAGGAAUUAUUUUAAAGAGCCUGUUGGAUGAUGUUGAAUUUCCUACUCUUUGUCUGGUAGCCUUUGCCUCUUGUUUUUCUACUGUUGCUGAUCUGAUAUUAAACCUGUAGAUGGUGGAACAUUG